CUGGAGAGGCUACGGCGACGGGCGGGCAGGCGGGACGCGGCUGAGAUCUCGGUGGGAGUGGAGCGGAGCCCAGACGACUGCGGGGCUGCGGGGCUGCGGGGCGGCGGGAGUGGGGCCUGCGGACUCCAUGGCGCCAGCGGCGUCCGUCUGAGUAGUAGGGGCGGAUCCGGCCGCGGCUUCUCCUCGCCAUGGGAGACGUGCUGUCCACACACCUGGAUGACGCGCGACGCCAGCACAUCGCAGAGAAAACCGAGAAGAUCCUGAGAGAGUUCCUCCGUUUCUAUGAAGACCAAUAUGGCGUCUCCCUCUUCAACAGCAUGCGCCAUGAGAUCGAGGGCACGGGGCCACCGCAGGCGCAGCUGCUCUGGCGCAAGGUGCCCCUGGAUGAACGCAUCAUCUUCUCUGGGAACCUCUUCCAGUACCAGGAAGACAAUAAGAAGUGGAGAAACCGCUUCAGCCUGGUGCCCCACAACUAUGGGCUGGUGCUGUACGAGAACAAAGUGGCCUAUGAGCGGCAGAUGCCCCCCAGAGCCAUCAUCAACAGCGCGGGCUACAAAGUCCUCACCUCUGUAGACCAGUAUCUGGAACUGGUUGGCAGUUCCCUACCAGGGACCACAUCGAAGUCGGGAUCCACCCCCAUCCUUAAGUGCCCCACGCAGUUCCCGCUCAUCCUGUGGCAUCCCUAUGCCCGUCACUAUUACUUCUGCAUGAUGACAGAAGCUGAACAGGACAAGUGGCAGGCGGUGCUUCAGGACUGCGUCCGACACUGCAACAAUGGGAUCCCUGAGAACUCGAAGGUGGAGGGCCCCGCAUUCACUGACGCCAUUCGCAUGUACCGCCAGUCCAAGGAGCAGUACGGCACCUGGGAGAUGCUUUGUGGGAAUGAGGUGCAGAUCCUAAGCAACCUGGUGAUGGAGGAGCUGGGCCCAGCGCUGAAGGCAGAGCUUGGCCCACGACUGAAGGGAAAGCCGCAGGAGCGGCAGCGGCAGUGGAUCCAGAUCUCCGAUGCUGUCUACCGCCUGGUGUUUGAGCAGGCCAAGGUGCACUUUGAGGCGGUACUGUCUAAGCUGCAGCUGGCCCGGCCAGCCAUGGAGGCCGUCAUCCGCACGGACAUGGACCAGAUCAUCACCUCCAAGGAGCAUCUGGCCAGCAAGAUCCGGGCCUUCAUCCUCCCCAAGGCGGAGGUGUGUGUGAGGAACCACGUCCAGCCCUACAUCCCGUCCAUCCUAGAGGCCCUGAUGGUGCCCACCAGCCAGGGCUUCACCGAGGUGCGGGAUGUCUUCUUCAAAGACGUCACAGACAUGAAUCUCAAUGUCAUCAAUGAGGGUGGCAUUGACAAGCUGGGCGAGUACAUGGAGAAGCUGUCCCAGCUGGCGUACCACCCCCUGAAGAUGCAGAGCUGUUAUGAGAAGAUGGAACCACUGCGGCUUGAUGGGCUGCAGCAACGCUUUGAUGUGUCUAGCACGUCUGUGUUCAAGCAGCGAGCCCAGAUCCACAUGCGAGAGCAAAUGGACAAUGCUGUGUACACCUUCGAAACCCUCCUGCACCAGGAGCUCGGGAAGGGGCCCACCAAGGAGGAGCUGUGCAAGUCCAUCCAGCGGAUCCUGGAGCGGGUGUUGAAGAAAUACGACUACGACAGCAGUUCUGUGCGUAAGAGAUUCUUCCGGGAGGCGCUGCUGCAGAUCACCAUCCCCUUCCUGCUCAAGAAACUGGCUCCCACCUGCAAGUCGGAACUGCCACGCUUCCAGGAACUGAUCUUUGAGGACUUCGCCAGGUUCAUCUUGGUGGAGAACACUUAUGAAGAGGUGGUGCUGCAGACAGUCAUGAAGGACAUCCUACAGGCGGUGAAGGAGGCCGCAGUGCAGCGCAAACACAACCUCUAUCGAGACAGCAUGGUUCUGCACAACAGUGACCCCAACCUGCACCUGCUGGCCGAGGGGGCACCCAUUGACUGGGGAGAGCAGUAUGGUGACAGCGGCGAUGGCAGUGACAGUGGUGGCAGCCCCAGCCCCUGCCCCUCUGAAGCAGCCAACCUCACAGAAAAGCGCAGGCGUGCCAAGCAGGUGGUGUCCGUGGUCCAGGACGAAGAGUCAGAGCUGCCCUUUGAGGCUGGGUCUGAACCGCCUUCACCUGCAUCCCCGGACAGUGUCGCUGAGCUCCGAGGCCUGCUGGCCCAGGAUCUGCAGGCUGAGAGCCCCACACCAGCCAGCCCCCUUCUCAAUGGGGCCCCUGUCCAAGAGAGCCCCCAGCCCGUGGCAGCCCUAGAGGCCUCCUCACCGCCAGCCUCGCCCCUCGGGCAUCUCCCACCUGGAAAGGCUGUGGACAUUGAGAGCCCUAAGCCCAGUGACCAGGAGACCGGGGAGCAGGUGUCCAGCCCUGGUAGCCGCCCCCCCAUCCACACCACCACAGAGGACAGUGCCGGGGUGCAGACAGAGUUCUAGGCAUGGCCUCCAGGCCUCUGUUGGGACACUGCACCAGGCCACUUCUUCCUGGGCACUGUAGCCUCAUCUCUGGGGAGGGGUACCCCAGCCUGUGCCUUGUGGGGGAGGUGGCUGGGGUGGUGUGGCACCUUCAGGGGUCAGGCUUACCCAAGUCACUUUAUGGGGUUCAGCACACCUGUUACUGCCCCAUUUUCUGUGGGCUGGUCUCCCAUGCUCGGUCUGAUUGGGAGGGCUUCCUCUGUGCAGGGGCUGGGGAGCCUCUCCUCCCUGCCCUCGUGCUGUCGUUUCCCUCGUGGUGGUUCUGUCUUUGGAUGGAGGUGACCGAAAGCGCUGGGGCUGUUGUUGCUCAAGUCUAGGAAGCUGGCAAUCACUGUCACCUCACUCUGGGCUCGUGGCACCAAGGUGGCAGGAAGAGGUGGGGGCCCAGUCUCUGUCCUGCCCCCUCCAAGACUAGACUGAGGGUCACUGGCCUCACUCUGCUGGCUACUGCUGUGGAAGGGUGGGGUCUGCAAGGGAUGCAGUGAGAAAGGCCAGAAUGUGGUAGUCUGUGCAGGGGAAGUGUCCUGAGGGGAGGUUGGGAGCUUGGACGUGUCUGGUUGAGGCCAGGAUGGCAAAGCGAAGAAGGUAACUGAAAGCUGGGGUAUCUUGGGUGCCCGCUGCUCCUGUCCAUCUGCCUGGCUCCCCACCCCCACUUUGGCAGGGCCUGGAUGUGGGCUGUCAUUGCCCAGCUCUUCCGAGGUACACCCUACCCUCCAGGAAGCUGGAGGGGCUCCUGAGGGACAUUGAAGGCCAUGGCUUUCUGAUACACUGUUGAAGACCACGCUUGGUCUCCGAGUCCAAUUCUAACACUGACAAUUGUCACCUAACCCUGACAAUUUCAGACCCCUCUUCCAAUGCCCUUGUGAACCAUUUGGGUUUCUCUUCGUCAUUAGUCCAAACAGAGAUGACUCUGAUAUGUGACCCCCACCUUGGGCCACCCCAGACUCUGACAUUGCCUCCUCAAGGGCUCCUCCCAGACAUGGUUUUUGUUCAAUGGACUUGCUCCCCAAGAAU